AAUAAUUUGAUGUCUUAUCCUAAAACUUGACGCAUUUGAUAAUUUGUAUAUAUAUUAAAACUCAUGUGUAUUUAAUACCUGAACGUGUGGACAAUCCGUUUUCGGUGUGACUGGAAAGUAACCUUGAGAAUUGCCGCUUGCAGUAGCCAUUAAUUCGUGUUGUGAAACAAAAGUAGUUUUUCGUGGAAACCACAGUUAGUGGAAACAAAUUCUGUGGAUCAAUAGAAAUUGAAAUCGAAAAUGAAAUUGAACACUUUUGCAAAACAUAACAACACAGCAAAACGUAAACAUCACAAUUUACUUCCGGUUUGUUUUUGCUGCGUCCAGACAUUUACGAGAUCAGCUACAAUAUUGUUGAGUACUUCAUGUAAUAGCAUCUAUACUGUAUUUUCUUUUCCAAGAUGGCCGCCAAUUCAUGAUGAUCUAAUAAUGAGUUUAAAAUUAAAUAAUUAAUAAAAGAACGCCCAAUUCUUUUGCUAAAUUUCUGCCUGAGAAUGAGCAACAAUUAAGGUAUGUUUUUCCGUAUUUUGGCAUGGAAGAACUGCCGUCUACUGCUUUAAAAUGGCCGUUUCCAAAGACUUUGAACAGCAGACUGUGGCGUCUGAGCAGUGCAAUAAUCAUCGGAGGGACUGCUGCGUUCAGUAAGAUAUGGCUAGGUAAGUUUAAAAUGAAAUUUAAUAUCUGUUUACUUUGUGAAAAGAGCAAAGCAGAGAAAGUGCAGUCAAUGAAAUAUAAAGUACAAUAGUGCAUGUGGCUAUGGAUGUUGACCAGCCUUUUCUGAUGUUUUUAAGUCAAUUUCAAAGUCCAACAUAUAUUUAUUAAAAUGUCAGAUCUAGCAGCAAAGUACUAGGAAUUUCUCCCCCCCCCCUGAAAAUCUGCACAACUCCCCCCAGAUGAACCUAAAUCUUGCCCCAAUAAAAAUAUGUUAUGCUACAUUGUCUAGGUUGGCUUAAUCAGAAACAUGUAUACAACCUUGAUAUCCUGGAGGAAACAUUCUCUCGUGUCAAGGACACACCCUUGCUUACCGUGACCAAUCAUAUAUCUUGCUUUGACGAACCUUUGGUUUGGGGUAAGCAUGAAUAUACAUUUGCCUAUAAUUUAUUACAACACACCUAAAUAUGAUUUAUUUAAUUGAAUGAACAGGAAUGCUGAAAUGGAGGCAUGUCAUGAAUUCACAGCUAAUAAGAUGGUAUGAAAUUUUUCUGAUAGAUCAUAGUAAUGUAACUUCUUUGAGCAAGUCUGUUUUGUCUAUAAUUUAUACUGUCUAUCUCAAACAAUCACAACAGGGCUAUUGGUGCAGAUGAAAUGUGUUUUUACACCUGGUUGUUGAGUCAGUACUUCAGCAAGGGAAAGGUAUGUUUAUAUGGAUAUAAAACAUAUUUUAUUCACAAUUGUUGAGUAGCUUAUCAACAUUGGGUUUUUUUCCAGGUAAUUCCAGUCAUAAGAGGUAUAAAACUUGUUUCUUGUUGUCCCACACUUGUACAUAUUUUCAUUUGGAAUUUCCUCUCAUCUUUGUCACUGGUAUUUUCAAGGGAAUGGUGUGUAUCAGAAAGGAAUGAAUUUUGCGCUAGAUCGUCUCAAUGAUGGUCAGUGGGUUCAUAUUUUUCCAGAAGGUGUGAAUUGUUAUAAUUUUUCAGUUUCUUUGUUUUUCUGUACCCUGGGUGCAGCAGUUUUUUAGUGUCAGGCACAUUUUAACUCUGACGGGUGGACAACACCGCCUGAGUGAGUGCAGGCUACAGCGAAACCCCUGAUCCAGGGUCAGAUGACUCUGUCACUUUGUGUGUGAAUUGAAGUUCAGGCUUAUAUUUUUAGGGCAUGUGAAUGAUACAGGGAAUAUUUGUCGUUUAAAAUGGGGUAGGUUAUUAUUUAGUUAAAUUUAUUAUAUAAUUUAAAUUCAUUUUUUUUUACAAAAAUCUUGAAUAGUCAUUCCAUCCUAACUUUAACCAGGUGUUGGUCGAUUGAUUGCAGAGUCAUCUAAAGUGCCAAUAGUCAUUCCAUUCUGGCAAUUAGGUAUGGUAUCAUCUGUGGCUUACCAUAAUAACUUCCUGUGGUUCAUAGUCUGACUUUUAUAAAUAGGACUUGACGAUGUUCUACCAAACAAGAGGCCGUACAUACCAAGAAUUGGGAAGGUAUUGGUCAUUUGAAUUUUGUUGUAAUUAAUCUGAGCAUUUCAACAAGCGUCAACGAUUCUUUAAUUACCUUAUUUUAAUUGCAGCAUGUCACAAUCAAUAUUGGCAAACCAAUGUUUUUCAACGACAUUAUUACUGAAUAUCGGGAACUGAAGGAAACUGCAGUAAGUUGAAUGUUAAAUUUAAUUUCUAAAAAGUAUGGGGUUUGAACUUUCUUAUCAACUUCUUAUUCAGAUUGGAGCGAGAAAGAGAAUAACUGACAGAAUACAAGAAAGAUUUCAAGAAUUAAAAGAAGAAACAGAAAAACUACACAGUAUGCAAGAUCUCACAAAUUAAUCAAAUGAUCCUUCUAAUUUAUUGAUGAUGUUGCAAUCUACAAAUGAAAAAUGACCAUCUCUCAAUCAAACUGCAAUUAAAGAAGCACCAGAAAUAAAACGAUCAUAUCCUUUUAUUUAUUAAUAAGAACACACUUCCAAAUCUAUAUGAAUGAUAUGAACUCAGUGACAUUUGCUUUGUCCAAUUUGGAAUGGUUUUUUUUUAUACUUUUUAAAAAGAUUUCAAAUAGAUAAUCACUCUCCUAAGGAAUAGCAGAACCUUAUUUUACGUCACAUCUAGUUUGCGACCAUGCACACUCCUUUCUCCAUGGCAGUCAACUUGUAGCAAGUCAAAGUUCAUAUAAACACAUUCCUGCCCAGGCUUGUGGCAAGUUAAGGUUCAUUUAAACACUAACUAUAAAACAGUUAUCAAACUAUGUACAUAUGUAAGGCAUCAAGCUUCAUGACCUCUGUGAGUUAAAUGUUCGCUGUCUGAAUUAUCUAAAAGAACCUCGACUUCUUCGGUGUUUGAUGAGUUUACUCUCGAGAACUGUACCCGGCCAGUCUCGUUUGUUUCACGACUCUUCUUUGCUUUACGCAUUAGAAAGUUGUCAACAACCCAAAACAUAAUUGCCUGAAAAAGAAAGGUUUUACAUUUUUAUGAUGCCACAAAAGGCGUUGUUUAAAGGGAACUUGAGAUUGAUAUGGAUGUAACUACCUGAAAAAUACAAAGAGAACUUUAACGUUUCGAACGAAGGGACAAAAUAGAGGUGGUUGGUGGGGUCCAGUAUGGGUAGAAUUCUACAAGAAGCUGUUGUUUUUGUGCCUGAAUUACGGAAGACGAACCUUCUGACAAAGGCUCUGAAAAGUGUUUUAAAAAAUGUUUCCAGCUAGAAAUAUUUUUCACACCAAAACCCAACUGGCCAGUACAUUAGAAAGGUUUAUAUUAGAAAUUAAAGAAGGAAUUCCAAACUUACAUUUAUUAUAAAAGGGACAAUCAGCAUAACUAAAGCCACUUCCACUUUUGGAUAUUUCCGAACUGGUUUUAAAAUAAACCGACGGACAUCGUGCCAGAAGUCCAACAUGACUAACAAUGCUAUCGCAAUUUUCUCAAGGAUCAUUAUUAGGAUGUAGAGACCACAUUGGCCAAUCCAUGCAUCACAUUGAGGUGGUUUUCCUAGAAAUGACAAGUUUCAUAGAAAUGUUUUCUCAACUUUUCUUGGCCAAGGGCAGGUUUCAGUAAACAGGAUUGUGCAGCAGACGGUGGUCGCGAUCAACUAGUAACCAGUUGUCAACAUUUCUGCAGUUGACCUCAUCUGCUGUACUGUGACGUUUACUUGAAAACUACAAUUUUAAAGUAAAUCAUUGCAUCAUAUCUUACCAUACUCUCCCAAUAUAAGAGUAUCCCAUUUGUAACAAUGCACAAUAAAUUGAGAAAUUUGAAGAAAUAUGUAGAUUAAACACAAGCCGAUGGUUGAAUCUAAAAGGUAGUUGAUAAAAUACCUAGAAAUGGAAAUAAGUGCUUCAGUAAAAUCUUGUUAAGGGGGGUUCAAUACUGUUCUGAUUUUAUGAAUGGUGACAUACCAUGUACAAGGAUCGCCUUUGAAUAAUGUUGACAAGUAGACGUUUGCAAAAUGUAUAACAAGUGCGCCAAUAGCUUGUUUUGAGGUGUCGUAGAACCUAUGAACAUAUACAAAAUACUAUGUAGAUACCCUCUGGUAGCUGGUUCGAUUUGUGCGAUAUGCAGAACUUUAUCUAAUUAAUUUUGCAUGUGAGAACAAUGCUUUCUGGUUUGUUGGAAGAAUGCCACCAAACAUUUGCCAAACCAAAUAUUUUCCUGCUUUCAAGCUGUAGUAACACUAGACCAGUAAGAAUU